GGAGGAGGCAGGUUGGGAAGCAGGUAGGGGGGAGGGAGAUGGAGCUACACAACAUACAGUGGAUGGGAGAGAAUGUGAAAGGGAAAUUUGACGGGGAAUGAGUAGGAAGAAAGGAUCGGGCAGAAUCAAAACUGGAGAGGAGAAGUGAGAUGUUCCAAGUUGCCCGAUGAGUAAGGACCUCCUGUUGGCUGAUAUGGGAGGGCCACCAAGUCUUGGAAGAGCUGUUCCUUGUGGAUCAAGUCCCAUCACCUCAUAGUCAAGCUGUAGUUAGUCCAUGUCGCUGAAGAUUGCGUGGUAAACCUGAAUUUGGUCGGAAACACACCAAACUCACUCUUUAGAAUGAUGUCUUGGUUCUGUCUCGCCUUCUUCGUCAAACUGCUUCUCGUCACUUACUGGGCGCCCCUGGUGGUUCGUUGCCAGAAUGACACAGAGCCAAUCGUGUUGGAAGGGAAAUGUCUGGUGGUGUGCGAUUCCACCCCCUCUGCCGAGCCAUCGGGAAAUGCCCUAGGAAUGUCUGUGAGGUCGGGAACUGGCCGGGUGGCAUUCUCGGCCAUUCGCAACACCAACCACGAACCCUCCGAAAUGAGCAACCGCACCAUGACCAUCUACUUUGACCAGAUAUUAGUAAAUAUCGGCAGCCAUUUUGAUCCUGCCAGGAGCAUAUUUGUGGCUCCCAAAAAGGGGGUCUACAGUUUCAGCUUCCAUGUGGUCAAAGUUUACAACAGGCAGACUAUCCAAGUGAGUUUGGUUCUCAACGGCUGGCCUGUGAUCUCGGCUUUCGCCGGCGACCAGGACGUGACCAGGGAAGCUGCCACCAAUGCCGGCCUGGUGAUGAUGGAGAGGGGUGACAAGACGUACCUCAAACUGGAGAGGGGGAACCUGAUGGGAGGGUGGAAGUAUUCUACGUUCUCUGGCUUUCUGGUGUUCCCCUUGUAAGAGUGCAGAGGUUCGUGGAGAGACCUUGGGUGCUAAGGGCGCUAAGGGGUCAAUGGUUCAAUUGCACUUGCACCAAAUAAUCUUGAAUGUAUUUUCCAUUUCUUUUGCACUUUCAAUGACUAACUUAAUGUCCAUGCUUGCUCACACCAUUGAUAUUUUCUUAAAUGCAUGAGGUAAUCUAUGCUCUCUGUCUUUAGCUAGCUAUAGCUAAUCUGUCUAUAAUACAUUAGGUUUAGGUAAUCUAUAAAACCAUAAUUAUUACUUAUCUCUAUUUUAAGCUGUCUUUGCCAUCUAGAAAAUUUAAAGUACAUAGCUAUAUUAAUGUGAUGUCUUGUCGUCUGUUGCAUUGUGUUUCUUGCAUAUCUCUUGCAUUAUUACACAUUGAAUACUGUUUUCCUGUUUGUCUAUUUGAUCUUAUGAACAUUUAACUAUUCAGGUAGAUAAAGUUUACCAUCUCUGACAACUUUCCUUGUGCUAAUGCUGCUCAUGUGUGACCUCCAAACCACCUCAAGCACACCUGCCAUCAAUCAGUCCAUGCAAACAGAUGGCUGCACUGAAAAUAGGGGGUGCCACAGCAGUCUGUUAUAACAAAUACAUCCUGUGCAAAGGCGAGGACCCAUUAAAACCCUCGCUGGCGUGCUUCAUUGAAAGCUAUUGAAUGGCAUUUACUUUAGACGUACUAUUGCUCAAACACGGAAGCAUAAAUGCAUAAGGUUUUGUCAUCCACAUGGUAGCUCUCUGCUGAGCAUCCGGUGGCAGAUGGAGGAUCAGCGGUAAAGCAAGGGGUCCGAUGCCAAAAACCUGCUGGGUCCACUCUGGACCGUCACAAACGGUUGGUCUCAGCAUCCCUGCGCACAGCAGAGGCCUGUGUUAGCACUUUGGAAAUGUGUGUCUGGGCUACAAAUAAAACUGAUAUUUAAAGCAAACACUAACAUAAAUUGCCAACUAUAAUAUGAUCACAUGCACAUGUUGUAUAUGUAUUUCUUUUUGAAUACUGCCAACUUCUUGCAUAAUGUUGUUGUUGGCAGUGGCGCAAAAAUGGGUAUGAACUAUAAGCAUUAUUCUCCUGUUUGUGAUUAAGUCUUUUUUACACACUUGAUUCUAAAACUAUGUUGAAACUAUGUUCCUCUUAUUCGUAUUCUUCCAUCCAACCUGCAGACACACGCCCACCCCGUAAGUUAGGCAAAAGUGCUUCUUAAGUUGUGGAUGGGGCAGCACGGUGCUACAGUGGUUAGUGUGUGUGCCUCACAAUACGAAGGUCCUGGGUUCGAUCCUGGGCUCGGGAUCUUUCUGAGUGGAGUUUGCAUGUUCUCCUCCGGGUACUCCGGCUCCCUCCCACCUCCAAAGACAUGCACCAGGGGAUAGGUUGACUGGCAACAUUAAAUUGGCCCUAGUGUGUGAAUGUUGUCUGUCUAUCUGUGUUGGCCCUGCAAUGAGGUGGCGACUUGUCCAGGGUGUACCCCGCCUACCGCCCGAAUGCAGCUGAGAAAGGCUCCAGCACCCCCCGCGACCGCGAAAGGGACUAGCGGUAGAAAAAUGGAUGGAUGAAAGUUGUGAAUGAAGACGGACUGAUUACUAAUGAGGCAGACUUUGCUGUGACACCUUUUUUUCUUGGUUGUGUAAAAAUCAUGGAGCAUGGAUUUUUACACGCGUAACUGUCAUUGAAACACAUGAAAAAUAUAUAUAUUUAAAAAGGCCACAUCAAUCCAGGCCGCUCUACAUUGUAUGUGUUAAAAAAAGUUAAAGUACCAAUGAUUGUCACACAUACACUAGGUGUGAUGAAAUGUGUCCUCUGCAUUUGACCCAUCCCCUUGUUCACCCCCUGGGAGGUGAGUGAGCAGUGAGCAGCAGCGGUGGCCGCGCCCGGGAAUCAUUUUUGGUGAUUUAACCCCCCAAUUCCAACCCUUGAUGCUGAGUGCCAAGCAGGGAGGUAAUGGGUCCCAUUUUUAUAGUCUUGUCAUGGGGUUGUACUGUAGUGAUAUGUACGCUACAACAUUGUCUUCUUCCUCACUGGAUGUAAAUAGUAAUCUGUAGUUCAGUUUCAGUUAUUAUUAUAACCAGCAUGAUGUUAUUUGUGAUGUCAAGAGUUGUUUAGUACAAAUGUUUUGGAAGACGAAACGAGGCAGAGACAGCAGCUUUAUUGUUGUCCAUUCUUAACAUGUACAAGACACAUAAGAACUGAAAUUUCAUUUUCGGCACAGUCCCACUAAGAGCCGAGGAGCUUGAUUGGACAAUCGUAUGUGUGUGCGUGUGAAUAGCGGUACUCAGUUGUAGUACACUUUUUCGCCACCUGUGGCAGUUAUGACAAUUGCUGGGUUGCAUAUGACGUCACAUCCGUUUUUCUUUUUUGUGCCGAAUUUACACGAUGAUCCAGCAGCUUGAGCGUAACAAUAAAACAAGUGAGAGUGAGUGUAGAGUUUGAGCAAGAGUCCCGAAACAAGUGGUUCAUGAUGGUAAUAAAGUCAGGAAAAGACAUGAUGUCCCUCCAAUCUUUUUGAGUGAGUGUCAAAUGAAGUGAGGUCGUAGCGAGCAGUAACCCGCCUAGGUGAUGAUGAAUUGUUUAAAUAUUUCUAAAAAUAUUUUUCUUAAGAGUGUAUAAAUCCGGCCCUGCGAUGAGGUGGCGACUUGUCCAGGGUGUACCCCGCCUUCCGCCCGAAUGCAGCUGAGAUAGGCUCCAGCACCCCCCACAACCCCAAAAGGGACAAGCGGUAGAAAAUGGAUGAAUGGAUGGGUGUAUACAUCCAUUCCAUCCCACUUUUCAUGAUCGCUUAAAUAUUUGCCUCGAAAGCUUUCAAAAUACUGCACUGACGCAGGUAAAUAAACAGUAGACUAAUGGGACUCUAGACCAUCGCCUGAAUCCCGGAAAUGCCUCUAGGUCACCUGAUUGCAACCCAGCAGUCUCAAACAAACAAAAAAAGUCUGUGGCUAAAGUCAUAGAGAAGUUUCUUAAGUGCAAAAAUUAUGACUAAAGUGAUAAAGCUGUAGCUUCAGUUUAGACAGUUUAUUUGGGAAACAUAAAUUACUAUUAAUUAUGAUUUACUUAGUUUAUUUAUUUUGGUACUUUGUAAAAAAAAUAUAUAUAUAUUUUUGUAAUCAAUCUGACCUAAGCCCUGAUAAUAAUAUUUGUGAUUAACAAUGCUUUCAUAUCAUUUGACAAGGUUUAUCCUGUUAAACUGUAAGUAGGUUAGAUAUAAUUAUUGAAUAUUCCUAAAAUUAAGAGUAAGGUGACUAAAUCAGUGUUAAUUUUUGAGUGGGACCCGGGCCCCUCUGUAGUGUAAAAGUUUGGCCCGGAGGUCAAAAGGGUUACGAACUCCUGAGGUGGAUUCUACCUGUGAGCCUGUAAAGAUGUUUUGCUUGAUGGCAGACAUGUUUUUUUAACAAAUUUUGCUAAAAUUUUCAGACACAUAUAACCGCGGGAAAACUCCCAAUAGUUAGUUACGCUGUUUUAAAUUAAAAUUAUCAAAAAACUGUGAUUGAUAACC